GUGCGUGUGACGUCACGUGCGCUUUCCCCCAAGUUGGGGAUUUUCGCUCGUGUCUGCUUUUCUAACUUAAAUAUUGAUUUUUGCCCACCCCUCGAAAAUCGUCCGUGUCCAUCCAUCGCAGCGAGGUGGAGGAGAAAAUGUCAUUUUUGGUGGUUGUGUGAUAUGAGGGUUAAAUUGUGAUUGGUUUGGUAUUUUCCAAAAUGAAUGGAAAAAAGUGUUGUCGCCAAAUCAAUGAUUAGGGCUAUGUGCAAAGUGGCGCCGAAGACAUGCUGGAAAUUAGGGAGAAUCAAGUGCGAACUGUUGUGCUGCUGACGACAUGCAAAAAGGGCUGUGAGUGACGACGACAGUCACCCGACAAAAUGCAGAAGGAAAACACGAACCCUUCGCCGGAGAUACACCAGUACGUGGGGCCCUACCGGCUGGAGAAGACGCUCGGAAAGGGACAAACGGGUCUUGUCAAACUUGGAGUAAACUGCGUGACUGGAAAAAAGGUCGCGAUUAAAAUAAUCAAUCGCGAGAAACUCAGUGAGAGCGUCUUAAUGAAAGUAGAGCGUGAAAUAGCGAUAAUGAAGCUUAUCGACCACCCCCACGUCUUGGGGUUGACUGACGUUUACGAAAAUAAGAAAUAUUUGUACCUAGUUUUAGAGCACGUCUCAGGCGGCGAACUUUUCGAUUAUCUAGUCAAAAAAGGUAGACUCACACCUAAGGAGGCUCGCAGAUUUUUCCGCCAGAUCAUAUCCGCCCUUGAUUUCUGCCACAGCCACUCGAUUUGCCAUCGGGACCUCAAGCCGGAAAAUCUCCUCCUGGACGAAAAAAACAACAUAAAAAUCGCCGAUUUUGGCAUGGCGUCGUUACAACCAAUGGGGUCCAUGUUGGAGACAAGUUGUGGGUCCCCCCAUUAUGCAUGUCCCGAAGUUAUACGGGGGGAGAAGUACGAUGGGAGGAAAGCAGACGUGUGGUCAUGUGGGGUGAUUUUGUACGCUCUUUUAGUAGGGGCUUUGCCCUUCGAUGAUGAUAAUUUGAGACAGUUGUUGGAGAAAGUGAAAAGGGGGGUGUUUCAUAUACCGCAUUUUGUACCACCCGACUGUCAAAGUUUGUUAAGGGGGAUGAUUGAAGUCAAUCCGGAAAAAAGACUUACGCUUUCUGAGAUCAAUAAACACCCAUGGGUGACGGCCGGUGGUAAAGGCGAGCUUGAACUCGAAUUACCCAUGAUGGAAGUGGUCCAAACCCAUGUCUUACCAUCGAUUGAGGCCGUCGAUCCUGACGUAUUGCAAGCCAUCUGUAGUCUGGGCUGUUUCAAAGAGAAAGAGAAGUUGAUUCAACACCUACUAAGUCCAAACCACAACACCGAAAAAGUCAUCUAUUUCCUCCUCCUCGAGCGCAAACGCCGUCGUCCCGCCUACGAAGACGACACCGAAUCAAUCCUGAGGAUGCGCGUGUCCGAAACGUCGGACCCUCCGAAAAAGCGCAUCGACACGUGUCGUGUCAACGGCCAAAGCGGCCUCCAAUUCGGACAAAUAAGCGAAGGUUCGCCUUUAACGCCCCGCCGCUCGCACUACAAGCGCCACCACGCGAGGCGGAGCCCCUCCACAGGCUCCACCCACAGCAGUCUGGGCAUCCACUCGCCGACGAGAUCGUCCGGCUCGUCCAGCCCUGUUAUGUUCAAUAGUACGACCACGCCCAUCAAUACGCACUCCGGAAUGUCGUCGCCGGUGCAACGCGCGCACCGCUCGUCCAACACCCACGUGACUGUGACCCCGCCUCCGGCCACGCCUACGCACCAUCGGGCCAAUAGCAGUGGCGGCACGGCGACGUCGUCCGUACUGACGUCACCCGAAAGUGAUAGUUUAGGGGUGGGGCCACCGUCGAUUUUGACAGCGAUGACUCCGCCCGGUUCGCCACAUUCGACAGCGACGAGCCACCACUGGCGGUCGAGGCUUACCACGAUCAAGAACAGUUUUUUGGGCUCGCCAAGGUUUCACCGCCGGAAAUUGCAAACGUCGUCGGAGGAAGUGCAUUUAACGCCGGAAUCGUCGCCCGAAUUGACGAAAAAAUCCUGGUUUGGGAGCCUGAUGACGACCGAAAAGGACGAAACGUUUACGAUUUUGGUCAAAGGGAAGCCUCUGGCGACGGUCAAGGCCGACCUGAUUCACGCAUUUUUGUCGAUAGCCGAGCUGAGCCACUCCGUGUCGAGUCCGAUGUCGUUCCGCGUGGAAUACAAGCGGGGAACCACCGGUCCGGCCAUGUUCCAGCGCCAUGUCCGUUUCCAAGUCGAUAUUUCAACAAUAACAAAGCAAGUCGGUGACAAUGCAAAAGAACACCUUUACGCUAUCACUUUCACUCUCUUAUCAGGAAACAUCCGGCGUUUCCGGCGCGUUUGCGAACACAUCCAGGCGCAAGUGUGCACCCGCCGGCCCCCACCGAGCCCGAGGGCGCAGCGCAAGUUCACCACCGAACUCUCCGAAAGUUCGAGCUGUGGCUCCGAUUCCAGCGAACUGUACCUCAACGCCCGGCAGUUGAACGUUUUGCAACUGGAAGGCAGCGAUCUAGAGAGCGAAUGUAGCGUGUUUGACGUGCGCACCGCUGCGCGGGAGGUGUCACGACGGGCCUCCACCAAUAACAACACAGAAGCGUGCGAACAGAACACGCCGGGGACUCCUAAGGCCGUUCGGUCCAAUUCGGAAAAUACGGAUUCGUGCGAAAAGACGUGCAUUACGACGAUGUCGGGGAGUUCCAUAGCGUAAUUUGGGGGGUAAGGGGUGGCCAAAGCGACUGCUUUAUUAUUAUUAUUAUCACUGUUAUUCGGCCACUUUUCCCGUAUUAUUAUUAUUGUUAUUAUUAUUACUAAAGGCAUAACCUCAUUAUUAGCGGAUUGCAAUAUAAUAUAUUAUCAAAAAUUUGACAUAUGUCACUAUUGUCAUCCGUGUGUGACAGUUUUUUGGGCAGCGUCGCCUACUAGACACUUUUGUUCCUGCGCACCGGCGGCCAUUUUGGAUGAUUAGAAGUGGAGAAUUGUUAUGACGUUGCUUUUGUAAAUAUGCUGAAAGCUUAUGUGAUUUUGGAUAUCGUUCAGUGUAGUUGUAUAAAUUGUUAAAAGAAAGAAAUAAAUGUCAAACAAAAACUAACCCCAGGUAGGUAGGUGAACAAAAAAAUGACAUUCUCUGAUGUACAUAUAACUACACUAUACUCAGCUGAGUCGUUUCAUAUUUCCCCGUUUCAGAAUCAAACAAUACGACUUAAAAAAACUAUAUAAAAUUGUAUUUAGAGAAAUUGCCGGCCAUAUUGUCAACUAAUAUUUAGGGUAUAGGUGAUAA